AGCACAGCUGGAUCAGGCUGCUGCAGAGCCCCGAGAGCUUUGUGAAGGAGGACCGCCACACACCCGCCUCCGGCAGCACACAGCCAACCACAGCUGAGCGACAGCCAACAAGAGCCAAUCACAAGGCACCUUUGAAAGUUCCAGGAUGCAGAUGUCUUCAGCCCUCACUUGUCUCACCCUGGGCCUGCUUCUGGUCUUUGGGAAAGGGUUUACUUUACCCCUUCAAGAGUCCCACACAACCCAUCAGGCCACCGACUUCGGAGUAAAAGUGUUUCAGCAUGUGGUCCAGGCCUCCAAAGACCGGAAUGUGGUCUUCUCUCCCUAUGGCGUGUCCUCGGUGCUGGCUAUGCUGCAGCUGACCACAGCAGGGAAAACCCGGCAGCAGAUCCAAGAUGCUAUGGGAUUCAAAAUCAAUGAAAAGGGCACGGCUCGGGCCCUCCGCCAGCUCUCCAAGGAGCUCAUGGGGCCAUGGAACAAGAAUGAGAUCAGUACUGCAGACGCCAUCUUUGUCCAGCGGGACCUGGAGCUGGUCCAGGGCUUCAUGCCCCACUUCUUCAAGCUCUUCCAGACCACGGUGAAGCAGGUGAACUUCUCAGAUGUGGAGAGAGCCAGGUUCAUCAUCAAUGACUGGGUGGAGAGGCACACCAAAGGUAUGAUCAGUGACUUACUGGCCCAGGGGGCUGUAGACGAGCUGACACGCCUGGUGCUGGUGAAUGCCCUCUACUUCAAUGGCCAAUGGAAGACCCCCUUCUUAGAGGCCAGCACCCACCAGCGCCUCUUCCACAAGUCUGACGGCAGCACCGUCUCUGUGCCUAUGAUGGCUCAGAACAACAAGUUCAACUACACUGAGUUCACCACCCCGGAUGGGCACGAGUACGACAUCCUGGAACUGCCCUACCACGGCGAAACUCUCAGCAUGUUCAUCGCUGCACCCUUUAAGAAGGAUGUGCCCCUCUCUGCCCUCACCAACAUCUUGGAUGCUGAGCUCAUCAGACAAUGGAAGGGCAACAUGACCAGAGUGCCCCGACUCCUCAUCCUGCCUAAGUUCUCGCUGGAGACUGAAGUGGACCUCAGAGGACCCCUGGAGAAGCUGGGCAUGACUGACAUGUUCAGCGCAACCCAGGCUGACUUCACAAGUCUUUCCGACCAAGAGCAGCUCUCUGUGGCUCAAGCGCUACAAAAGGUCAGGAUCGAGGUGAACGAGAGCGGCACAGUGGCGUCUUCCUCCACAGCUAUUCUAGUCUCAGCCCGCAUGGCCCCUAUGGAGAUGGUUAUAGACCGAUCCUUUCUCUUUGUGGUUCGGCACAAUCCGACAGAGACAAUCCUUUUCCUGGGCCAGUUGAUGGAGCCUUGACAGUGGGAAGAGAAACCUUCGUUUGGGAAGAAACUGGAAAUGUUAGAAGCAGACGCUCAGAAGAAAAGAAUUGUUUUAAGAACUCUAUGGGGACAAAGAGAAGGCAUGUCUUUCUUACCCCCACACUGGUAAAUCUUUCCAACCAGCCUCCCAGACCUCGGACUCUCGAAGGGGGAAGAAUCUAACUCCUUCACUAGGGAUUCCUACCCCACAAAGGCCUCAUCUGACCAUAGAACUCACAAACCCUGGAUCUGCCCAGAAUUCAGCCUUUGGACCCGGUUUCCACCAAGGCCCCAGCAGGGCGGGGCCACAGCGCUUUCACUCGGCAAAAUCUUUUGUGUUCCAGUCAUACUGUGGGCACCUCUUGCAUCGCCUGCCAUUGUGUCGCCCAGGCCAAAGGAAGAAGCACUGUCCUAUCUCAAGGUCCACUCUGGAUAUGACCACCUUGCCCCUCCCCGAGGGGCAGCAGAUAGACAGAGCAAAUGGUUACCCAGUAUUGAGCCUUCUCCCGGCUCCCUUUAUGCCCUCCCUCCCCUGACACAGCUUGCUUAUGUUAUUUCAGAGUGUAGGUGACUUGUUUACAAAGCUUUUUUCGACCCACAAACUUUUUUUCAUUUGGGAAGAGUGAAAAGAAAGGUCAGACGUGUGUGUGCCUGGCUCUUCAUCCCCAGUCUCCCAGUGGCGGGUGGGGGAGGUCCUGGGGAGACUCCAGGGGUGUGCUUGAAUAUUUAUCUCGUUCUUACUCUUGUAUGUUUGUUGGAGAGAAGAAGCACUAUUAAGGGAAAAAAGUAUUUUAUUUAAACCAUGGCAUAUGGCGUCCCAUUUGGGGUCUGUAUUCCUGUCAGGGGUGCAUCACUCCACAAACCUGCCCCUCCGGGCGGCCUCGUGAUGUGGCUCACACUGCCGCCUAGCGGCAGCCGAACACACCCUUACCCCAUCCCUCCCCCGCAUCCUCCCCCCCCCCCCCCCCCGUGGCUCUUUUCCUUAGGGACCUUGCCAAGGUGACGCUUGGCAGACCACGUUAAAGGAAGAGGGAGGGAAGAUUAGGUGGAAGGGAGAGAGAUUUGAGAGAGGGCAAAGUGGUUUCAAAUUUUUCCAAUACAUUCAGAAGCAGAAUGGGGAAAGGGGCUGUGUGACCUAACAGGACAGAACUUUCUCCAAUUACUGGGUGACUCAGAGCUGCACUGGUGACUCACUUCAAUGUGUCAUUUCCGGCUGCUGUAUGUGAGCAGUGGACACGUGGGGGGGUGGGGGGGAUGAGGGAGACAGCCAGCUCCUGGUCAACCACCUUAGUUAGAUAAUCUUUUUUGAAAGCUUCCUGGCUGGGGGUAUGAUCAGAAAACCAAUUUACUGAAAAACUG